AUAGCUGUCAAAUCCCAUCACAGACCAGUGUCGUUCUGGCUUAGAAUUUUAGUUACCAAAAAACGAAAAAAAAAUUCUAAAUUGAAUUUAGGGACUAUUCCGAAGAUGAUACUGCUGCGGGCAUGCGCCCGCCUUCCAAAAGUACCGCUGUGUGUGUGUGGGCGGCAGUUGGGCGUGCUGGAUCUUUGCGGUUGCAGCUGUCGACGUGGUCUCAAGGUCACUGUAGUGGGGGCGGCGGGCGGCAUCGGCCAGCCCCUGUCCCUCCUUCUAAAGGCAAACCCGGAUAUCGAUGUCCUGUCCGUACACGACCUCCGACACACGGCCGGAGUGGCGGCAGAUCUCUCGCACAUCUGCACAAAAUCGGUGGUUAAAGCCUUUGAGGGUCCGAAGAAACUGAAGGCAGCCAUGAAGGGUGCUGACAUUGUGGUUGUUCCGGCGGGACUGCCCCGCAAGCCUGGCAUGGCGCGAUCCGACCUCAUUGGCGUUAAUGCUUCAGUAGCGGCGGAUGUGGCCAUCGCGGCAAGUGACGUCUGCCCCGGGGCACUGUUGGCAUAUAUUACCAAUCCGAUAAACACAAUCGUCCCGCUUGCAGCCGCCAUCCUGAAGCGCAAGGGCACUUUCGAUCCCAAUCGCCUAUUCGGAGUAACCACCCUCGACUGUGUGCGAGCCAAGACAUUCCUGGGGGAUGCCAUGAACGUAAAUCCACAGUCCGUAGAACUACCGGUGAUCGGUGGACACACAGGCACCACCAUCCUGCCCAUCAUCUCUCAGUGCAAGCCGGAGUUCAAGGGAGAAGAAAUGGAGCGACUGGCUUUAGUCGACCGGAUCCAGGAGGCAGGCACGGAAGUUGUGAAGGCCAAGGCCGGCCUGGGAUCGGCCACUCUCUCAAUGGCAUAUGCCGCCAACCAAUUCGUCUGCUCGUUGAUCAAGGCGAUCUUGGGCAAAAGCGAGGAGGACGUCGUGGAGUACGCCUAUGUGGAAUCGGACGUGACGAAAGUGGAUUUCUUUGCGACCCGCAUCAAGCUGGGCCCGCAAGGCGUCAUGGACAACUGCGGCCUACCGGAAAUGGACGAGUACGAGGCAGCGGCAAUGAAGUGCUGUUUGGUCGAGUUGAAAAAAGAUAUCGAGUUGGGGUACAAGUUGAGCGAUGACUUUAAAAAUAGGGAGUGCGAGUAAUGGUUAUGCUUCUUACCAAUACUUUGAUGAAUGCAAUAGGUUUUAAGAACUAUUCGUUGUUUUAAAAAAACAUAAAAACUCAUAAAAUUGAAA